AUGGUAAGCCCUUCAUGUAUGCUGAUGAUCUUAAAGUGGCAUAUCGAUAUAAGCCGGCAGAUCGUGACAUCGUGCUUGAGCUCCUAAAGAGCGAUCUACAGGCUUUCGCCCAGUGGUGCCGCACAUGGCGCCUUUCUCUUUCCUGGCAUAAGUGCUCAGUCAUGGUGGUUGGCGACGACCGUCAACCUCAACUAAGUAUUGAAGGUCACGCAAUAAAUGUGCCAGGGGUUUUAAAGGAUUUGGGCGUAUCAUACUCCAAGAGUCUUAAUCUCUCGGAGCACUGUGCCUUGAUAGUCUCCAAAGCACGCAGAACGACCGGGUUUAUCCUCCGAAAUUUUAAAACUAGGGACACUAGAAUGCGCCUUUUCAACAUGUACGUUAGACCUGGCCUGGAAUACUGUUCGUUUUCAUUUAGCCUCAUGCGUGCUACUGAGCGGAAGAAAAUAGAAUCGGUUCAACACUUUUUUACUAAGAGAAUUUUAACCCCAGAACACCGACAUUUGUCUUACCGAGAACGUUGCCGGCAUACAGGCCUCGAUCCUUUAUGGUUCCGUAAAUUACAAAAGGGACUAUUUUUGCUAUUUAAACUCUUAUAUAAUCACACAUUUAACCCACUCACCUCUUUAAGACAUCAUAUCCACCCGCGACGUAACAGUCACCGUGAGGUCUUCUUAUUUCUGCCUCUGGCACGUACUGUUAAAUAUCGUCGGUUCUUUUCUGUAAAUGAAAUUGCUAUUUGGAAUAAACUACCAAUGAGUGUGAAAACUCUGCAAAAUUAUCCUUUAUUUAAGAGAACUAUUACUCGAUUUUUGCAUUCACAAAAGCUCCCACAAAUUUCGGGUGCUGAAAACUCUGAUCGACUGUACCGUAGCGAUGGCGUUUGUGGUCUCUGAACACUAUGGCCGGUCUCACCAGCUGUUCCUCAACGCCUCUACUUUGGCUAUCCCCAACUUCAUGAAAGGAAUUUGACGUCCGAAAAUCUCCGAUACCGUGCAACCUCCCCCCUUUUUGACGGUCGAUAUUCUACCACCGCCGGCAAUUUUUUCUCCUGAGCCCUCCAAACCAUAAAAACCACCAUCAACUGUUUUUUUAUCCCUUUAGCUCAGGAGUUUUUUUCACUGCCGGUCGGAUUUAUGUUUAAAAGCUUCCCUUGACAAUGCCUGUAAACUGGCAUUAAAUAAAAAUUUAUUUAUUUAUUUCCCUUUGUCCAUUCGGAACUCCCUUCAGUAACAAAUAUGGAUGAUAGGAUAUCUUCCGCUUGACAAAUCACCUCAUCAGUUCAAGUGGAACGUAGCUUUCUGAAGCCAUUGAAGAGCGUGAAGUAUGCAUCAAAUCCUGCCAAAACUCUAUCAGAUGUAAGAAAAGCCGAGGAUGAGGGAUCAUCACCCAUGGUUACUGUAGUUUAACCCCAGUCUCCGAGCACUAGAACAUGGUAACAGAAGUGGGAUUUUAAUCACUGCCACGGCAUCAAAUAUUUUGAGAUUUACGCUGUCUGAAGGCCUUAAAGUCCAACGCGAUGCCCUGCCUCUAUCCAGACUGAGCAAAACCUGCCAAUAAGGAUGUCCUUGAAGAAAGGGACACAAUCGCUGGAACCAGGGAGUGCAGUGGAGAACACUGCUUCCAAUGCCAGGAUCAGUGGGUCAGAUGGUCGACCAAUCAACAAAUCAAAACUCAGCACCAGUGAUGGAGUUACUACGACUGAUGACGCGAAUGCGGCCAUUGAGCGGUCAUCGCACCAAGUGCUACAAUCUCUGAUGAAGGGCGGCCGUUAAUUUUCAUAGGUAUGUGGCAACAUGACGACUGAAUCUAGUAAAUGACGCAGCUCCUAGUGCAUAAACCAUCCGUUUUUGACAUUAUCUCUGAUGAUGGGCCCCGGUAGGUCUCCGAAACCUCGGGCAAAUAAAGCUCUUGUUAUAACUAUCGUGUUUCCUUCUUCACGACUGCUUCCUGGGACUCGUCUACCCGCUUCUAUUGACAAGGAUAUUUUCGCAGUUGGGGGCUUAACGCUCCCAAUAUCGCCAGUUCCUCUCGUUCAAAAUUAAAGUGCGCAACUUAUUUUCAAUGACAAGUCAAGCUUUGUAUUUUCUUCGAUAUCUCUAGGCAAUUAAUGCGUACUUUCAAUCGAGUUCUUCUUUUUGGUUUAUUUUUUCGUUUUAUUUGGUAAGAAUAAUAGGCACCACCACUUCCACCCUCCUCCUUCUCCUCCACUGCCCCAACGGUGGCCGUUCAGGCUGCCGUCUCACACAUCGCCAACCACGACACAGCAACCGCAACCACCCCCACCUGCCCUCACUGCGACCGCACCUUCACCUCACACAACGGCCUGGUCGGUCACUUGCAAAUCCAUCGCACAGAGACUGGUGAACCAGUGCCUGGAGCACCAACCUGCACCCACCGCACUCGCCUCCACUGCCCACAAUGCCCUCGCACCUUCCGGCAUCGCAUGGGCCUAUUCGGCCACAUGCGCAUCCACGAGAGCGGAAUUGACCGCAGCCUUGACACACCCACCCCGCCGAGCCCCACUCCCAAUCCAUCACCUUGUGCACCCACUAACCACUCCCCAGCCGACAUCGACGCCACCGACCUUACCACCCCUCACUCCCUCCCUUCCUCCUCCACCUCCUCCUUCACUGCCACAACGACGGCCACUCCGGCGUCUGUAGCACACGACUUCACCACAGCCGCACCUGACACAACAACAGGUACAACCCCUGCAACCUCCAUCAACAGAUGUGAGGGACCGGACUACAUCUGCCCUCACUGCGAUCGCACCUUCACUUCACGCAUCGGCCUUGUCGGUCACUUGCAAAUCCAUCGCACAGAGACUGGCGAACCAGUGCCUGGAGCACCAACCUACACCCACCGCACUCGCCUCCACUGCCCACACUGCCCUCGCACCUUCAGGCACCGCAUGGGCCUAUUCGGUCACAUGCGCAUCCCCAACGACCUGCGGUAG